GUAUCGAAGUAAUUAACCAUGGAUUUCGGACACCCUCCACCAAAUAUGGGGAUUCCUCCUCCAAACAUGGUUAUGAAUAUGAAUAUGGGACCACCAGUUAGUAUGCCCGGUAGAAACAACAUGCGCCAUAUUAGGCCGUGCAACUACCAGAUGCGGUUUCCACCUCAAGGGCCACUGAACAUGACACAAGAUGAUUUUGAUGGUAAACGCUUACGUAAAUCCGUUAUGCGAAAAACUGUAGAUUAUAAUGCUGCUAUUAUAAAAGCUUUAGAGUGUCGCGUUUGGCAGAGGGACUGGCGGGACCGACACGCGCUGCAACCUGACGCUAUGUAUACUCCCGACCUGUUACCGCCACCCUCUUACCCCGAUAAUCCUAUAAAUGCCGUCACUACUCGAUUUGUUAAAACUGCUACUAAUAAAAUGAGAUGUCCAAUUUUUGCCGUGGCUUGGACACCUGAAGGGCGACGUUUAAUUACUGGGGCGUCUUCUGGAGAGUUUACAUUGUGGAAUGGAUUAACAUUUAACUUUGAAACUAUUCUUCAAGCUCAUGAUUCUCCUGUGAGAUCGAUGGUUUGGUCCCAUGGCGAAGGUUGGAUGGUUACCGGAGAUCACUCAGGAUUUAUUAAGUAUUGGCAAAGCAAUAUGAACAAUGUUAAGAUGUACCAAGCUCACAAAGAAGCUGUUAGGGGUAUUAGUUUUAGUCCUAGUGAUUCCAAAAUUGUCACUUGUUCCGAUGAUGGUACUCUGAGAAUAUUUGAUUUCUAUAGAUGUCAAGAAGAAAGAAUAUUGAGAGGGCACGGAGCUGAUGUGAAAUGUGUCCAGUGGCAUCCUACUAAAGCGCUGAUUGUGUCAGGAAGUAAAGACAACCAACAACCUAUUAAGUUGUGGGAUCCAAAAUCUGGAACAGCUUUGUCUACACUUCAUGCACAUAAAUCUACUGUGAUGGAUCUGAAAUGGAAUGAUAACGGCAAUUGGCUAAUUACUGCUUCUCGUGAUCAUCUUCUCAAACUGUUUGAUAUUCGUAAAUUAGGUACAGAAUUACAGAUAUUUAGAGGUCACAAAAAAGAGGCAUCCAGUGUUGUCUGGCAUCCAACACAUGAGGGUUUGUUUUGUUCAGGAGGUUCUGAUGGAGCCAUUUUGUUUUGGAAUGUUGGUACUGAUAAAGAAGUGGGUUGUAUUGAAGGAGCCCACGAGUCUAUUGUCUGGACAAUGGCUUGGCAUCCUCUUGGUCACAUUUUAUGUUCAGGUUCUAAUGACCACACAUCUAAGUUUUGGACUCGGAACCGACCUGGAGAUCUGAUGAGAGACAAAUAUAAUCUCAACACUUUACCACCAGGAGUUCAAGAUGACCAUGAUUUAGAAGAACCAGCAGUAAUACCUGGUAUGGGUCCUGAAGAUAAAGUAGAAAUAUUUUCUUCAGAUACUGAUAAGGUCAUUCCCGGUCUGGAUUUGGAUACUACAUUUGUUCCAAUGGAAUUUGAGAAAAAAGUUAAGAAAGUACCAUACAGUAAACCUAUUCCAAGAAAUUUCCAAGCUCAAUGGAACCAUGCUCCAACCUCUGAUGAGACUGCCAACGAAGUUUUGACUCAAGCACUAGUAGAAUCUGUACCGGGGGCUAUACCUCUUCAACAACUAACACCAUCAGCAAUAUUUAUUUAUGGCAAACUGAUUGGUGUGGAACCUGGGUCAAAAUUAGAGAAAGCUAUAUCUGAUGGACCAUUGGCAUUAAAAAAAUAUAUUGCAUCAGGUGAAUUAGAAGAGCUACAUGAUGUAAUGCCUCAUUUAGAGGAUGAUGCAGAUGAAGAAAAUUUCCAACCAUUUGAAUAUCCUGACCCUGAAAAUGAAGAUGCUCAAAAUGAUGAGAAUAAUGAAAGAGAUGAUUAUGAAAAUUAUGAUCAAGACAAUGAAUAUUAUAAUAAUGAAAUGGAUGUAAGUGAACAAAACAAUCAAAAUGAUGAACAAGGUUUUAACAAUGGACCUGAUGCAAAUAAUAUGGGUCCUAUGAAUAAUAUGCCACCACCCAUGGGUAACAUGAUGCGACCUCCAAUGCCACCAAUGGGAAAUAUGGGUCCUAUGGGUGCUAGGCCUCCUAUGGGGCCCAUGCAUCCAAUGGGUCCUCCUAUGCAUAUGCCCCCUCCUCCUCAUAUAGCUAACAUGAUGGCAAAUAUGCCACCACCUAUGGGUGCCAUGCCACCUAUGGGCAACAUGCCACCAAUGAAUAAUAUGCCGCCACGUCCACCUUUUCCUGACAAUGGAUUCAAUAAACCUCAUUUCGAUUCAGGUUAUGACAAUCAAUCGCAAUUCCCUCAGAAUGAUGAUGAAUAUAAUGAGGAUGAAUCAUCAUAUGAACAGAAUUACGAUGAUGAGAAUUAUAACAAUGAUGAUGGCAAUGGAGACGAUGGAUACAAUAAUAAUAUGCGCAAUCAGAGAUGGGAUGGCGGAUUUCGAGGACGCGGCCAAAACCGUGGAAGAGGUCGUGGCAUGAAUGGCCACGGAGUGCGAAACAACUGGAGAGGAAAUGCUGGCCCCCGUGGUGCUCCUCGUGGACGAAGAGGCACCGGCGCUAACAGGAACUUCAGGAGAGGCGGGAAACCUGUCUCCAACUAGCGAACCGAACUUACCUAUCUUGUUCUGAAAAUUAUAGACUUAUUAAUUUCUUACGUUAUAAUCCAGACUUUGCGAAGUGUAUCGAAAGUGCUAGACAAUACAGUGAUGUUGAUGCAAAAGGUUGUACAUAAUUUUUAUUUACGCCUUGUAUUUUAUUUUGAUAAGCUAAAACCACAUAAUAAAAUUUAUAUUAUGUCACAAAAUUAUAGAUUUUUGUACAGGUGUGUUAAUACCCAAUUUGCUGCAAAUAUGGUAAGUUAAUCAGUUUCUUUGUAAAGUAUUUCUGUUGAUCAUUAUAUUAACAUUUAUUUUAUUGUGGUAUCAGGUAAUGAUUUGGUUAAGAGGACAAGAAACUGCAUCCCAUCACGUCCAGUCGGAAGUCUGAAGUCGGCAGCUGCAGCAGGUCGUACAAUGUUUCACCUUACGUCUGGCUGAUAUCCGUCGUGCGAAUCGUGCGAUCACCUCAACUUCACCAUUCUUAUAAUGACCCCUUGGCGAUGGUUGAGUGGGCUGUUACUAAUAUUAACAUGUCGAGCAAACCAAUUAGACAGCGGUGCCGACAAAAACGCUAUAACAGAUACGAGCGACAAUGGUUUAGAACGCCUUGAACAAAUUAACGGCACACCAAAUUAUAGACUGAUUAAGCCAGACAAGAAUACACCGUGGUUCCCGGAGCCGCAGAUAAAGCUGAAGAGCUGCGUGAGAGAAGCCCAAUGUGAAUCACUCAACAAGACGACUUGCUUGGGAACGAAAUUGCCCUACGAUAAGACGAGCGUACGCCUCACGUUUUAUGAGAAUCAGUAUCAAAUACAGACACAACUGGACCUCUAUAGAGAACUGAUAAAUGUGCCAAAUUGCUGGGCCGUUAUACAGCCUUUGCUAUGCGCCACUUUCAUGCCGAAGUGCGAAAGAAUUUUAGACAAAGACAUGGUUUUUUUGCCCUCCUAUGAAAUGUGCAAGAUCACAAUGGAACCGUGUUCAAUACUAUACAAUACCUCGUAUUUUCCGUCCUUUCUGAAGUGCAAUGAAACAUUGUUUCCACCAAAUUGCGAGAAUACAAUGAGGGAGCUGAAGUUUAAUACAAGUGGAAAAUGUUUGCCACCCCUGAUACACACCGAUAAACCUCUGCAUUUCUAUGAAGGUAUAUCAGGAUGCGGGCUGCCCUGCCGAGACCCUCUAUACACCGAAGAUGAACACCAACAGAUACACAGACUAGUGGCGUGGGGAGCCGGAGUAUGUCUGGCAUUGAACCUGCUGACCGUCGCCACCUUCCUGAUAGACUGGCGGAGUGCCAACAAGUACCCAGCGCUGGUCAUCUUCUAUAUCAAUGUCUGCUUCGCCGUCGCUUCUAUGGGAUGGCUGAUUCAGUUUGGCGUGGGAUCCCGAGACGAUAUAGUUUGCUCUAAGGACGGCACUAGACGACAGGGCGAACCUUCUGCCGAAGAGAAUUUGUCAUGCGUCGUCGUUUUCGUGUUGGUGUACUACUUCAUGAUGGCAGCCUGUGUGUGGUUUGUCAUCUUCACAUACGCGUGGCACAUGAGCUUCCGAGCAUUGGGAAAAAUCCAAGAUCGUAUAGACAAGAAAGCGGCAUACUUCCAUCUGGUGGCGUGGUCACUGCCUCUGAUCCUCACUAUAGCGACGAUGGCAUUCGGCGAAGUGGACGGCAGUAGCGUCACCGGCAUUUGUUUCGUGGGCUACGUCAACCAUCCUAUGAGGGCCGCCCUGCUACUAGCACCGCUUUCUGUUGUACUUGCUUUAGGCGGCUAUUUUCUUCUUAGAGGAGUAUUCUCUCUAAUCGCGGUGCGAGUAUCCAGCAAGGACGUAAUAUCACCUCGGGCUGCGAAUAAGAUCCGUCAGACUAUAACUCGGUGUUCCCUCACCGCGGCGCUGGUGGCAGUCUUCAUAUGCGUCACCUUCGCCUGUCAUAUCUACGAGUUCAGGAAUGCUGACCUAUGGAAGGAUUCCUUUAAGAAGAAUAUCAUAUGCCGCCUAGAAGCUCUGAAGGCGACAGACAAGGAGUGUUCGUCGGGCACUCGUCCGUCAGUGUCGGUGUUACAACUGCGGCUGCUUUGUUGCUUCGCGGCGGGAGCGCUCAUGGCGUCCUGGACCUGGACCCCGGCUGCCGCGGCCGGCUGGAGACGCUAUUUAGCAAGGAAAUGCGGCUGUUCGGUGGAAGCUGAGGUGACGCGUCGAGCGCGCAAACAUGAGUUGAUAGCGCGCGCUUACCGCCGCCGCGGGGAGUUCGCCGCGAGAGGCAGGCUGUCCAUCUCACUCGGCGGCUCUAGGCAGGACCCUGUGGGACUCUGUAUCGAUCCUACCUCGCCCGCUGAUUACCCUGAUGAUGCCAAACACGAAAGUGGAGAACUUUCUUCGUCGUGGGCAGCGACCCUGCCUCGUUUCGUUCGACGUCGCGAUGCACUAGUGUUGCCGACACACACACAUCACUCGCUCAGCUCUACACCGGACCGUCGCAACUCACAGGACUCUCAGAUCAGUAUUAGUCUACGUCACGUUUCAGUAGAGUCCCGACGCAACUCACUCGACAGCCAGCUGUCCGUCAAGAUAGCUGAAAUGAAGACAAAGGUGGGGCGGCGCCGGCCCAAGCAUAGCAAAGCUAAGCGCAAGGCCCGCGCCGCUAACACUCGCAAGGAGAGCACGCCUUCCAUCGAGAGCCAAAUAAGUCGCUACUGGCUGCAGGCAGUAGCUGCCAACAAUGAUCCGUCCCGAGAGGAGGUCAAAUUCAGCUUCGACUGAUACGAGCCAUAUCGUGAUAUAUAUCCAAAUUUGCAAUUCAUGCAUUGAAAUGUUGAUACUUAUUGUUUUAAGUAUAAGUGAAUUGUUUACUUAUAAUAAUUUACACAAACUAGGUAUAAGGAUAAAUGUUCAAAUUAAUAUUGCAUGCAAGCAAGGGCAUGGGGGUGUAUCCAGGAUUUGUUUCUAGGACUACACUUGGCAUUGAAUCAUUUAAAACAAGUUCAAGAAUCUUUUAAGUAUCUCUUCAAAGGAGGAGGAGUUCCGAGAAUUUCAUUAAAUUUUUAGAAACUUGUGAAAAAACCUAUUUGGAAUGCGAGUAUAUUUCAUUUUACUCCGUUGUCGCCACCCAUGCCCAAUGGAUUGCUAACUAUGUACAUUGAAAUAAGCAAAAUUGCACUUGUUGCUGUUUAACGUUUAUUAUUUUAAGGAUAGAUUUUGAAUUGGGCAAAUUAAUUCGCGAUUUAUCAUUGAAGAUAAGGAAACAAAGACUGAUCAGAAUCUCUAUGGAGUAAUGUUUUAUAUUACUCCAGUUUAACAAUAUCCAUGACAAUGCAUUUUUGUGAUAACCAUGACCUCGACAGUACAUGUGCCAUAAAACUAGCUAUUCAUUAUAUUUCAUUGGAAUUGACUGAAAUAUUUUUUAGCUUGUAAGAAUCAAGUUUCUUAUCAUACACCUGUUAUAUAAAAUAUUUGAAUGCAAAGAGCAAUGUUGAAAAGUUGGAUGUUUACAUUUUUUACUAAUAUAAAUUGGGCAAUAAGAAUAUGUUGCUUGUCCAUAUAACUUAUGUACAAGAUACGGUUGUGAUACCAGUUUUUAUUGUGAGGCUAUAUUUUGAUGAAAUGGGCAAAUACAUCGCCACUUAUUUUUUACUAAGUAUUUUGUAUUCACGUUGAUCUGCAAAAUUAUACACUUGGCAGCUAAAAUAAGACUCACUUUUGUGUUUUAGACACAUUAUGUUUGAAGAAAUCUCAUUGAUUAUCACUUUGGUUUUUAAACUGAUAGGUGAGACAUCUGUUCUGAGGCAGCGGCAACCGUUACCUAAUAUACUGUGUUGUUAGUGAUUGUAUCCUCUUUUCUGAUGUCCUAUCAGCAGCCACAGAGACAUCGGUAUGUUUUGUUCUCACUGUUGGCAACUCUAACAUAUCUUACUUUUGGGAGCUUUACUUCCAGAAAUAGUCAUUAUUCCUACACAUCCUUUUAGAGGAUACAUUUAGUAGCCUUUUUACUUAGUUUUUUUAUGUAUUUAUUCUCUGUCAACAAAGGUUUCACCUGCUUUUUCAGAGUAUUAAGUCUGUGCUAGCUUUAAAUUUUGAUAUUAAUUUUGUAUAAGUUAUACUUUUACCAAUAAUUUAGUAAACUUAAAUUGUACAAUAAAAAUUAAUUAUUUGAUAAAA